AUGGCGCAUGGCAGCGACCAACCCGUCGCGUACGACAGCGACCAGCCCGUCGCGUACAACAGCAACCAGCCCGUCGUGUACGACAGCAAUCAGCCCCUCGCGAACAACAGCGGCGAGCCCGUCGAGCACGACCGCGACCAGCCCGUCGUGUACGACAGCAACCAGCCCCUCGCGAACAACAGCGGCGAGCCCGUCGCGUACGACAGCGGCAGACCCGUCGCGCAAGACCCCGCCGGACACGGUGAAGCGGUGAAGUGCGAGCACACCACCGUCCUUGCCCCCCUCGCUUUCACUCUCUACGAACACCUCGCGCACCUCAUAGACUGUCAUAGCUUGUGA